GCCGAGUCGGGAGUCGACACGGACGUGGAGCGGCAUUUGUGAUCUUCAGCAGGAGGUGCCAAGUCAAUUUCCGCUCGCCCUCGCCGCGCGCAGCCCCCACAGUCAACAGAAAACAUGGAAGAUGACGCCCCCGUGACUGAAAUCGCCGAGCCCGUCGUGACGGAGGAGGCGCCGCCCGCCGAGGAGGAGCCUGUCGCGGCCGAGCCCGCCCCCGCCGAGGAGGUCGCAGAGCCCGCCCCGGCUGCAGAGGAGGAGCACGCGGAGGAGCCCGCGGCCGAGAGCAAGGAGGUCGAGGCCGACGCCAAGGAGGAGGAGGCCAAGCCCGAGGCCGACGCCAAGGACGAGCCGGCGCAGGAGGCGCCCGCCUCCAAGGCCGACGAAGACGAGGUGAAGGCCGCUGAGCCCGCGGCCGAGAGCGUCCAGGACAAGGUCGAGGUGCAGGCGCUGCCCAUCCGCGCGUACCUGGACCAGACCGUGGUGCCGAUCCUGCUGCAGGGCAUGUCGGCGCUCGUCAAGGAGCGUCCGCCCAACCCGAUCGAGUGGUUGGCCGCCUACCUCAUCAAGAACAACCCGCAGGGCCCCAGCGGCGCCGAAGCCAAGUAAUUAGAUCACGCAGGUUCUUUUUUAGCAAGACAAGGCAGCGAUUUAAGAGACGGACUGCCCUAUGAGGUCACCUCGCCUCCAACACCAACACAUAUUUG